GCCAGGGACAGCCUCCGGGCGGCAGGGGUGGGGGGACACCCCCGUAGCCUGCCGGGGUGGGGGAGUAGACCCUGCCCGCCGCCCCCCCCGCCCCGUCCGCAGCCGUGAGGGGACUCCCCGUUAGGCAGCCCCGCUCCCGGCGGGGAGGGGGGGGGGACGGACACGCUGCGGCCCCUCGCCGCCCCCACCUGCCAGCCCUCUUCCCCGCAACUGGCGGGGGAGCCUAACACUUGCCCCCUUCCCCACUAACGAGCCGAGGGUGGGCAGAGGCCCCCCCCGGCACCAAGCCCUGGUAACUGUCUAGAAGCAGCUCUGCUCUUCCUCGCUGGGAAUAGAGCUUCCUGGAGCUCCCUCAGUACCUGUUUUGGGGAGAGGUGUCCUCAGAGCCCGGUUUCUGAGGGUUGUGAGAGUAACCCUUGCCACCUACUCCUCCCUGCUACUGAGCAAAUUCUUCCCCCCAGCAGAGGAGACGGCCCUUCUCCAGACCAGGUAGUAACAGGGGAGUCUUCACAGAAGAAACCCCGUAUGCCCAAGAGAGGCAGUCCCCAAGACAGAAAUAAGCAGGAGCUCCAGAUACUUGUCUAGUAAUUUUAAUUAUUUACAUCUGCUCAGCAGGCAGCAGAGAAAGCAAAACAAGGGAGAGAAAGCAGAGGCAGAUUUAGAUAUUCUUCUUCCCUUUUCCAGUUGCUGUUAACCACUGGAGAUAAAGGUAAUUUCCAAUACUGACCUCAUCCUCCUUCAUCCCAAGGAAGAUCCCUCAUCUCCUAAUCCCAAGAGGGUUUUCUUCAGAUAUCCUGUGCAAGGAGAGAAGACACACCUCCCAUUUACAGGGAAAGGAAAAAGGCAGAUUUUGCUGAUAAUAUCCACAGAGAUAGCAAGAAUUUUUUCAGAGAAGGAGAUUUGCCCACCCUUAAGGACAAGGUGCACCUAGAGGAAACAGAAGAGAGAUUUACAGGUAGGGAGAUUGGGGAAAUUGAUCUCUGAAAUAAUCUGACAAUCAGCGAAAAGGCUGUCUCCCAGGGGAACACCCCUUUAGUAGUUAGCUGCCAAAAGGGAGAGAGGAUCUCCAUCCUGGGAUAAAACCAGCAGUUUUAGCUGACUGACAAUCCCAAGCAGAUUGUUUUAAUACUCAAGAUCCUGAUUUCAUCCACAAUCCCUUCACCCUGAAAAUACUUCUUGAAGAAGCUCUUGGAAUAGCUGACAGCAAUGCUCUGAGGAUGGGUCUCAGAGAAGGAGUGUGAAGGGCAGCACCCCAGAAACCAGCACUGAAGAUAAUCCACCUCCCUCCAGAAAAUCUUCCGGACAGAGUUAAGGUUCAUUUUAUGAACAAUACCCAGCAGCCUCUCUCUUCCUUCUGGAUUUGAUUCAUUUCAUAAACAUUUCCUGAAGGCUUCUCACAAGUAGUUACCAAAAUGAUGGAUAACAAUUUCAGACUAUGCAGAUACUCCUGCUUCCAGCAUCAUGGCCUCUGACCUGGAAAGCAGCCUCACUUCCAUAGACUGGCUCCCACAGCUUACUUUAAGGGCUACUAUUGAAAAAUUAGGGGGUUCCUCACAAGCAGGACCUCCAGGGGCUGCCCGAAAGUGUCCCCCAGGCUCACCGACAGAUCCCAAUGCCACCCUGAGUAAGGAUGAGGCUGCAGUGCACCAAGAUGGGAAGCCACGUUACAGCUAUGCCACUUUGAUCACAUAUGCCAUCAACUCAUCACCUGCCAAGAAGAUGACACUUAGUGAGAUCUACCGUUGGAUCUGUGACAACUUUCCCUACUACAAAAAUGCUGGUAUUGGUUGGAAGAACUCUAUUCGUCAUAACCUCUCUCUGAAUAAAUGUUUUCGGAAGGUGCCUCGACCGAGAGAUGAUCCUGGGAAGGGCUCUUAUUGGACAAUAGAUACGUGUCCAGACAUAUCUCGCAAGAGGCGGCAUCCUCCAGAUGAUGACAUACCACAAGACUCCCCAGAGCAAGAGGCAAGUAAAAGUCCCCGAGGGGCUGUUCCAGUCAGCACAGAAGCCUCUUUGCCACCUGAGGCCACCCCUCAGCUGUCGCUCCAGAGCACCACCCCUAUUGCCAACUACAGCCAGCAGGGCGCGGGGCCUGUGGAUGUUGCCUCUACUGUAGCAGGGGGGCAGGGCCGUGAAGGGGCCGAUGUGCCAACCCCACUGUACAGUGCCAACCAUGACUUCAAGUUCUCCUACUCUGAGAUCAAUUUCCAGGAUCUUAGCUGGUCCUUCCGAAAUCUCUACAAAUCCAUGCUGGAGAAAUCAUCUUCCUCUCAGCACGGUUUCUCUUCUCUCCUUGGUGACAUGCAGCCCUCCAACCACAACUACUACAUGUACCAGCAGCAGCAGCAGCAAGGCCCCUCAUCAGUGGGUGCUGCUCCCCCACUCCACACUCCAACCCCAGAGGGUUGCCCAUCCCAAGGGGGAAAGCAGCAGGGUGGUGAAGGUUAUGGGCCUCCACCAGUGAUGUCCAUGCACCCACCCCCAAUGCAGCAUGGAGGCUACCACCAGCAUCAACAACAUCACCCGCACUCCCACCCACAGCAGCAGCCACAUCAGCACCAGCAGCAGCAGCAGUCACAGGCUUCAAUCAACAAUGCUGGCUUUGCAUUUCCCCCUGAUUGGUGCUCCAACAUUGAUUCCUUGAAGGAAAGCUUCAAGAUGGUAAACCGGCUGAACUGGUCUAGCAUUGAGCACUCCCAAUUCUCAGAGCUGAUGGAGAGUCUGCGCCAGGCUGAGCGGAAGAACUGGACGCUGGAUCAACACCAUAUUGCCAACCUCUGUGACUCCCUUAAUCACUUCCUUACCCAGACUGGUCAGCUCCCUCAUCUGCUUGGUCCACAGCAGCCCCCCCGAAUCUCUGAUUCUUGUGCCCUGAACAGUGGCAAACAGGAGCAAUCCAUGAACCAAGUGAACUCCUAUGGUCAGCCCCAGCCUCCCCAUCUCUUCUCCGGGCCAUCUCCUAUGUACCAGAUCUCCACCCAGGACUCUCCAGGAUAUAAUCGCCCAGCUCACCAUCUGGUCCCUCGGCCUCCAGGGCCGCCUCCAGGCGCCAAUGAGGAAAUCCCCGAUGAUUUCGACUGGGACUUGAUCACCUAGCGAGUUACAGACUUGAUAGCCCGUCCUUUGUGAAGGACGCGGGAGGGGAGGGGGACAUGGGGUCAAUGGUGCCAGCACCACCCUCCCCAGCCUCCCUGCCUUGCCUGUAUAUAGAUAUAUAUUCUCUAUCUCCGCCAGAGAAGCCACCGCAAGAUGCUGCCGAAGAUAAUCCUUCCUUGCGUCCUGUUUUAUCUUCUUUUUCUUCUUUUGUUUAUUAUUAUUAUUGUUAUUAUUAUUAUUAUUAUUAUUACCAAUAAUUGAGCACAGCCCUCCCCCUCCUCUGGUGGCCUCGGACGCAUCAGAUCGGCUCUUUCGUGUUGCGUGGCGCCCUGUGGAGGGCAGAAAGAUGGGUCCUUGGUGCCAUGAAAAGACCUCGGAAGGCUGAAUCCUCGAGGGCAUCUUUCUCUGCCUCCGUCAUUUUGCGUUUAACAAUCCCUCUUUCCCUUCAAGGUGGCCGGUGAAUCUGUCGUAUUGGCUACUGGAGUGAGAGAGCCUAGUGGACCCUGGGAGCCUGUAGUUAUGUUGUUUCGUAAAUGUUGUAAAGGUCAGGGGGCUAAAGGGACACUGGAGGGGUGAUCUUAGCUCUGUGAACUUUCUCGCACCAGCAGGAAAAGCAAGAAAAGAAGCAGAGUUCCCAAGUACAAAGAGAGGGUAAUCCCUGAGGUAGGGAGAGCUGAGCUGAGCUGGGCUGGGAGGGUAGACCUGAGUUUGGAGAAAGGAGAACGUAGCAGAGAUGGUAUUUCAGCAGAGAAGUUGGGUUUCAGAAUGCAGUGCCAUCUGUGAGGACUGAGAGAGAUUUUUUGAGGGAAUCUAGACCUGUUUUCUACACUGCCUUUUGCGGUCUCCAGGUGAAGCCUACGUACCCAUCAGGUAAAAGAAGCAGUCAGGGGUGUCACAUGUGAUUCAGCAAAUUCUAUUCCCCAGAGCUUUUAAUUUCACCCCCCACCCCUUCAAGCCCUUCUUUAAAAUAUGUAGUGAGGCUCUUACUUGCAUAUGCAAAUUUGGAAGUUUUCUCCCAUCGGUAUUUGUUCAGUUGUUACUUGGCCCUCUGCCCCUCCUAUUUCUUUGGAGACUGUCCUUGCCUGUGGUUCGAGAGUGCCAGCAGCAGGAGUCGUGCCGCGUAGGUGCAAAGUCUCAGUCAGUGGUUUCCACUUUGUGAAUGGGCUAACGGUGGGAAGAGGAAGCUGCUGCUCAGAGUGGAGGUGAACUGGGGGGCUUCUGGUCAAGGAACUGGGAGGCCCUCACAAGUGUUUUUUAUAAGAGGUGCAUUAGAAGAGAGAGGUGAAGCGGGGCAGAUUUUUAAACCGAACAGCCAAAGAGUGUAGUGUAAAAGGGAGGAGGGUGGGUCAGACCCCUUGCAGUUCAGCUGGGGAGGUGAUGGAAGCUAGCGUAAAUCCAAAGGAUGAGUUUUGUCAGCACUUGCAAAUCAGGAAGGUGGACAGGGUGCAGGAGCAGGAGUGAGUGUUGAGAUGCCUCCUCCCCAAAGCUGUGUCCUGUGUUCCCCUUUUUUCUGGUAUGGCUCUGUUCUGUCAAACCUCUUGUUUCCUCUUAAUAUUUUGUAAAGCCUCCCCCUGGCCCGUAUUCCCCGUUUACCAGUGAAGGGAACCAAGAUGGAAAUAAAACAUCAUGGCUGCGUGACAGACCUGGGGCAGGGGAGUAAUAACCUCUACUCUUGACGGCAGGAAGGUGGGGAACUAGCAUUGCUUUUUAAAUUUGCUGUAGGGAUAAACAAGUUGGAUCUUUGUCAGGGAAGUGGACAGAGUCUCAUUGUAUUGGGGAGGGGGGGACAUUUUUGUUUCGUUUUUUUUUUUUUUUUCUUUUUUUUUUUUUUUAAAGUGUGUGGUUUUCGGGGGGGGGAGGGGAGAGUUCGUCAUUGAGUGUUUCCAAGAGAAAUGAGGAAUCCCAGACAACUUCAACAUGGAGUCAGCCGUUAUCUCUGCUGCCUCAGGAUGGGAAUGAUACAGCUUGGAAGCAUGCUUGAUGGGUUUCUGUGGAAAGUGGCACCAGAGACGCCCAUGAGGGACAACCUCUGGUAGGUGCCAGUUAGUGCUUUGCAGAGGAGGUUACUGAGAGCCGGCCCUGUGGAAGUCUGAAAACACCACUGGAAGAAAACCAAACCAAGAUGGCUCCUUCUGCGUAUCCAAGUGCUCCUCGUUUGCAUAUUUGCCUCAUUUGCGUAUUAAGUUGCGCCUCAUUUGCAUAUGUAAAUACAUGCCGGUCAGUGUGCAAAUUAGCCUCGUUCCUCUGCCCCUGAAAUAAAUGUGCGUUGUUAGUGCGUGGGAAGGCAUCGGGCGGAGGUCUGCGGGGUGCGCGGGUACCGGCCCGCAGGGAGGGAGGGAUGCCAGCCUGUCCCGCAGAGGGGUCCUGGGGGGCCCCUCCGGCGUGGUGUGGCCCCCCGUGCUUUGUGUCAGUGGUCAGGGAGAGAGGGGCGUGGUCUCACGAGUUUAUUUUUGUGCAUGCUUUCUUAAUAAAAAGAAAAAGUGAAUGUUUAUGGUUUAA